CGUGCCGCCAGCGCCCAACGCCACCACUCGCUGCGAAAAAACGACCCCACCAUUCAGAGUCGACAUCAGAUCACAAACGGCCGAAUCGCUGCCAAAAUUCUCACCGUGACUCAAAACAUCCUCUCGGCGACGCCAACCCUCCUAAUAACCGCCGCUCCCCAGAGACGACGACGAAACUCAGCAGAGCAGCUGGCUUCGCACGAACUGCCCUACGAGCGUUUGCGAUUUUCCCGAACCGAUAUUGAAGCAGCUCCGGUUCAGAACGCUUCCGCGACGGCGCAGAUUCGACCCCAACCCUUUAUCGGCAUAAUUUCCCUUUCUCGAUCUCGGGGCGAUAGGCCGGAAACACAGCCAAGAUGUCGUUAACAAACUGCCGUUUUUACGAAGAGAAGUACCCGGAAAUUGACAGCUUUGUCAUGGUCAAUGUCAAGCAGAUUGCGGACAUGGGCGCGUACGUCAAACUGCUCGAGUACGACGGCAUCGACGGCAUGAUCCUGCUCUCUGAGCUGUCGAGGCGUCGUAUCCGAAGUAUCCAGAAGCUUAUUCGGGUCGGCCGCAACGAGGUCGUCGUGGUUCUCCGUGUCGACAAGGAGAAGGGCUACAUCGACCUGUCGAAGCGCCGUGUGUCGCAGGAGGACAUUGUCAAGUGCGAAGAGAGGUACAACAAGAGCAAGAUGGUCCACUCCAUCAUGCGCCACGUCGCCGAGAAGGCGCUGGUCCCGAUCGAGAGCUUGUACGAGGCCAUCGCCUGGCCGCUGAACCGCAAGUACGGUCACUCGAUCGACGCCUUCAAGCUGUCAAUAACGAACCCCGAGGUCUGGAACGACAUCACCUUCCCCAGCGAUCCUGUCGCGGAGGAGCUCAAGUCAUACAUCAGCAAGCGGUUGACGCCACAGCCGACCAAGGUCCGGGCGGAUGUGGAGGUGACCUGCUUCGGGUACGACGGCAUCGAUGCGAUCAAGACGGCCCUAAGGACGGCCGAGUCCCGCAACACGGAUGACAACCAGGUCAAGGUUAAGCUGGUGUCGCCGCCUCUCUACGUCCUGACUAGCACGUGCCUGGACAAAAACACGGGCAUCACGAGAUUGCAAGAAGCCAUUGUGGAUAUCCGGACCAACAUCGAAUCAGCAGGCGGCAAGCUAGUGAUCAAGAUGGAGCCCAAGGCCGUUACAGAGUCGGACGACGCGGAGCUCCAGGCCCUUAUGGAGAAGCGCGAGAGGGAGAAUGCCGAAGUCAGCGGAGACGAGAGCGUCAGCGAAAGCGACGACAAUGUCCCGGAGACCCUCUAAGUCAGGAAGAGAGUUCAAUAAGUUUGCACUCCUGCUUUCUUUUUCCUAUUUGCUGCGCACCGCCCGAAGUCAAAACUCAAAAGGAGGGAUGAGACCACGUCAACGGCCUCAUGGGAGCAGUGCUUGAAGCAGGACCACAAUUUCAGUCGGAUAUGAGGCACUGUCUAUGGCGUAUAAAGAAAUAUGGAGGGGACAGUCAUAGAGAUUUCCUUUUCCUGUCUUGGGUGGGCAAGGACGGCGAUGGCGAGUAGGCUGCAUUCCCACGCACCCUUGGGGAACCUCGCAAAAGCGUAUUUUAUUUUAUUUUUGGUAGAAAGGGAACAAAACAAAAGAAAAUAAGCCUUGGUAUGAACUGGAAAGUGAGGCCAAUGACGUCAAGAAAUCAGGAUGUGAUUCAACUCCAAGAGCGUGUGCGAGGUUGGAAAUUUCAGUCAAGAUCCGAUCGAGA